UUUAAACACCAUGUUUUGUAAAGAACUUCUUUUAACACUUGCUAUUGCAUCCGACCUACUUAUAAUUCCUGUAAGUGGGAAAGAGAUGGAACUAUCGGAUGGGAUACUACAUAGGAGUACGAGACAAGUUUUAUUGUGGCCCAAUAGUACGUUACUACAGUUCAACGCCGGUUUCGGAUUUCCGAGCGCAGCGAAGCACAUAAACGUGAAUUACGCAUUUCAAGCUAAUUUUCAACUACCCUGGAAUAGAACGCAGAUACCUCUUGACAUAUUAGAAGCCAAUUCUGGGUAUGUUGGCACAGCUAGAAAGAAGAGAGAAGUGGGGAUAAAAUACGACAGUAAUGGAGAUUAUCAGGAUGAUGCGAAGUUGUACCACUUCUAUAAACAUGUUGAAGCUGUGUUAGAUGGGUUCGGUCAUAACGGAAAGUCCUGUGUUCUGCAAACGUUGUGUCAACUCGGAGCCGAACCUUUACACUCUGAUGAUGAAGAAGAUCUCUUGCAUGAAAUGGCAACAUUUGUGUUAAAUCCCAAAAACGACGGCAUUCACCACCUGACGGAAAACGAUGACACAUACCCUUACAUCAAGGCGUAUACAGAUGGAGAGAACCAGGAAGACUGUUCCAAGCUAUAUCAUGGCUGUGCAUUAUCCUUCAUAGAUGUAUUCACGAAACUACACGAUCAAGCUUAAUUGGGAAUAAAGACUGUAACUUUUUAAUUAAUUAUGACUAAUUCGUUUCCUAUAUACUUUUUAUAUUAUAAUACUAGCCACACCCGCGCGAUGUCACUAGUUGCUAGACCCCGCAUGACGGCUACGCAAUGGCUACGCAAACGUAGCACGAUGUAAAUCGGCUACGAAGUUAC